GCAGGUUCCGGUGACCGCGGAGACGCCGAAGGCAGCCGAAUGGAGGAGGUGCCUCAGGGCUGUCCCGGAACCGGCAGCGCCCAGGCGGGCCGAGGGGCCUCAUGUCAGGGCUGCCCCAACCAGCGGCUCUGUGCCUCCGGAGCCGGCGCCGCUCCCGACCCAGCCAUAGAAGAAAUCAAAGAAAAAAUGAAGACCGUGAAACACAAAAUCUUGGUGUUGUCUGGGAAAGGUGGUGUUGGAAAAAGCACGUUCAGUGCCCACCUUGCCCACGGCCUAGCAGAGGAUGAAAACACACAGGUCGCUCUUCUGGACAUUGAUAUAUGUGGGCCAUCAAUUCCCAAGAUAAUGGGACUGGAAGGAGAACAGGUUCACCAGAGUGGCUCGGGCUGGUCUCCGGUGUUCGUGGAAGACAAUCUGGGGGUGAUGUCAGUGGGUUUCCUGCUCAGCAGUCCUGACGACGCCGUUAUCUGGAGGGGACCAAAGAAAAAUGGCAUGAUCAAGCAGUUCCUUCGUGACGUGGACUGGGGAGAGGUGGACUACCUCAUCGUGGAUACCCCGCCUGGCACGUCGGAUGAACACCUGUCGGCCGUCCAGUACCUGUCGGCGGCACACAUCGAUGGGGCUGUGAUAAUCACCACCCCUCAGGUGAAAGUAGGAGUGGCUCAUAAUUGCCUUCCAUAUGUCCUUCACAAAGCCAGCAAGACCCCUGGUGCCAUUCCAAUCUGGCUUGUCCCUUGUGGUCACGUCACCCUUACUGUGCUCACGCAACCUGCGUGCUGCUUCCGUGCACCUCGUCCAGUUUCCCAGCAAGCUGGCCUGGGGUAUAGACCAAUUUCUGGAUAAGCCGCUGCAGUCCUUGCUCCUCCUUCAGCAAUGCCCAGCUCCUGUACCAGUCACCUAGAGGCUGUGCUGAACCCAAACUGAGGAGAGCACAGGAGUGUCCUCUGGAGCGAAUCCACCAGUGAGCAAACGCAGUCCGGUCUGCCACGGGCUUUAUUAUCGUUGAAAAGAAAGCAGUAGAUUACUCUUUUCAGUUGUACCUUUUGCCACGAUAUUCUUCUCCACUCCUAAGAAAGCACAACAAAGGAGGCUUUAGUCUGUCCGUGAAUCAGUCCAUACCACCCCUCGUGUUUCACCAAACCUUUGCAGAGUACCAGCUCUGCGUGGGCCCCGUGCCAGGCACCAGGGAAGCAACAGGCCAGUUCUCCCUCACGGCCUGUGUGGCUCAUGGAGGAAGGUGGGUGCCGGACACGAGGCACACACGGGGCUCCAGCAACGUGUGAGAGGCACCGUGCGCCACGUGAAGGUGCCCGGGUUGGGGAGUGCUAUGACGAGGUGUGUGUGUGACAUCACUCUGGUGCCCUGUGGAGAGGGUCUUGGGGGCACAUGGAAGGUCAGGACACUACUUAAGUGGCGAGAGUGGGGAGCACCUGGCCCAGGGGGUGGUAGUGAAGAUGGACUUAUUCUUAACAAUGUUUUUGAAUUUUUACUGAGGGGGCCCCGCUCUAAACCAGCAGUACUGUCAGGGGCAGGUCGCGAACAAAUUACCUAAAAGGAAAAGAAUCUAUUUGGAACGGAGCACUGUGAUGUGGGAUGUUGAUAGUGGGGAGGUUUAUGGGUAGGGGGGCAAGGGGCAUACAGGAACUCUUUCUGUUCAGUUUUGCUGUGAACAUAAAACCACUCUAAAGUCAUCUAUUAAGAGACAACAAAAAUCCAGUUGGCACAAAGGUGGCCUCUCCAAAGCCACAUUUUACUGUGAAAGCGAGCAUGGUGUCCCCUUUUGGUUCAAGAGGGAAACAGACUGAGCAGAUACUGGCCUUUCUCCAGGAAGCCGUGGGAGGAUGUCCUGCAUUUGGUAUUCUUCGUGUGGAACGUCUCUGGAGAGUGUGACUUAAACACGGUCACCCACCUUCUCAGAGCCCUUCCCAGCCAUUGGCAGAGGCAGGCGGCUCUCUUUUGGGGGUCCUUUUUGACAAAGCAGGGGCUUUACUUAAAGGACCAUUAAGGAGAGAACCGCAGAGGUGCAGUGAGAUGCAGAGACUAAUACCGGUUGACACCAGCUUAUUUUCUAGCUAAAUGCCUUUUUGUCUGUACCUCAGUCUCAAAGGGACCGAGAACCAAAUGUGUGUGUCAGGAGGAAGAGGCGACUCGAAGCCUUGAACCUUUGGGAGCCCAGGAGUGUCAGGGCCACCGAGGCUAGGGGAGCACACAAGUGUGGGGUGUGCCCGUACUUGACAACAGCAGGCUAGGAAUUGUGUGUCUGUGAUCCCAUGACCCGGGGAGAAGUAGAGAGGGUACCAAGCCAGGAUGAUACGCUACUUACUGUCGAAGGCGCUUUUGGAGUUCACAAGUGAAUUUGAUCUAAAUGUGGCGACAUUCCUUAUUUUCUUGUCCAUCAAGUUGUUUUCAUUCAUAAUAGUCUAGAUCAGAGAUUAGCGAACUUUUUGUAUAACGGGCCAGAUAGUAUUUUAGGUUUUGUGAACCACACGGCCUCUGUCGCAAACACUUGUACCACUGUAGGACAAAAGCAGCCAGUGAUAAUAUACAGAGGGCCGGGCGGGGCUGUGUCCAGAAGUUUCUUUAGAAAAACAGAUGAGGUCGCCUGUGUGGCUCAGUCAGUUAAGCGUCCAACUCUAGGUUUCCGUUCAGGUCACGAUCUCCAGUCAGGAGAUCAAGCCCUGCAUAA